UUGGACUACGAUUGUGUGUUUUGUGAUUUAGAGUUCUGGCGCAUUUUGGACUGUUUGGCGUUUAACAUGCCGCAACCGAACACACCACAGGAAUACGCUAAUAUGCAUUUAAUCUAUGGAGAAUGCCGAUGUAAUGCUAACGCUGCUAGCAGACUGUAUCCAGAAAGAUACCCAAAUGCUCAAAGAUAUCCUGAUUAUCGAGUGUUUAUUAAUGUGCAUCAAGCGUUUUCGGAGGGUCGUAUGCCAUCCAAUAGGAGCAGCGCUGGAAGACCUAGAUUGGAUCGUGAUGAAGAAGUUCUCAAGGAGAUAGAAAAUGACUCGACUACUUCGGUACGUGCCAUAGAAGAAGCUACAGGAAUCCCGAAAAGUUCUGCACAUCGAAUAUUAAAACGUCACAAGCUUCACCCAUAUCACUACAGGCGUGUGCAGACGUUAUUACCGCGGGACUAUCCGCUACGGGUCACAUUUUGCCGUGUAAUGCUGCAAAGGCACAGUGAAGAUCCCCACUUCCUAGACAAAAUUCUAUGGUCGGAUGAAACAACGUGCAAGAAAGAUGGGUAUUUAAAUCUUCACAAUCUACAUAGUUGGAGUAAUGAAAAUCCACACUUGAUGAGACAAGACAAAUCCCAAUAUCAAUUCAAGGUUAACCUAUGGACCGGCAUAUUAAAUGGAAAAGUAAUUGGGCCCUUUGAGUUACAAGGAAACUUAGAUGGCAAUAGUUAUUUAAACUUUUUACAAAAUGACUUGCAAGAAUUGUUAAACGACGUGCCCUUAAGUGAUCUUCAAAACAUGUGGUUCCAAAAUGAUGGUUGCCCAGCACAUUAUGCCCGUCCUGUGCGAGAAUAUUUAAAUCAAGAGUAUCCAGGGCGUUGGAUCGGGCGACUUGGUCCUAUCUUAUGGCCACCCCGUUCACCCGAUUUGAACCCCCUGGACUUCUUCUAUUGGGGUUGUCUUAAAAACAGGGUCUACUCAAAACCCAUUGUGACAUUGGACGAGCUUCGUCGAAAUAUCACUCAGGCUGCUGAUUACAUUAAUAGCAGAAGAUAUGCAAGACAAAUAAAACGAUCAUUUUUAAGGCGAUGUCGUGCAUGUAUUAAUGCUGGUGGCAAACAGUUCGAACAUUUGCUAUAA